UACCGACAUGCACCUAUUCUGCCCUACUGCUACUCAGCUAUCAAUUCCUACUUCCGACUCUGUUUGGCUUUUCCCUUGGCUGACAGGAUCAAGACUUCCCGAUAACUUCGCCCCAGGUUUGGUUCCCGUAUCUCUGAGCGAUGCCGUCUCCUGCCGGCUCCCUCGCUGGCUUUCGGCAUCCCGCGAUUGGACAAUCUCUUUUCCUUCCUCCGCCCAGAAGCGACUUCUCUUCCUUCUCAUUGGUCCGCUCCAGCCUUGGAACGUCACGCUCUACUUCCGCACGCGCCGAUCACCCUCGUCCUCGCGGAAAGAAAGCACAAGCGUCUUCGCCCGGCUCCGGCUUGAAUGCGCUUUUAUUCCCCUCCGUUCGGGCCGAACGUUUCGCGUGCGCGGUACUUUGCGCCCUCCCCGCCUCCCCCCCGGUGACGUAGAAAGCUGUGAUUGGCGCGUCUCUCCGCCUGAGUUUCCGGUGCCAUCGAGUAGCGGAGGUGCGGGCGGUGGUUGCUUUCGAGGUUGUUGCUCCUCCUGCUGCUGCCUGAGCCGGUCAAGAUGAAGCGCAGCCCCGAAGACCUGGGUGGGGAGCCCCGUGCCAACGGCUGCAGUUUGACAGGGCACCGCGAGGGCCUCAAGAACGGUUAUGUGCGAGGCAUCUCCGAGGCGGAGCCCCCCAGCCAGAUUCAUCAUAUUACUCACAAUGGAGGCUUAUAUAAAAAGCCUUUCAAUGAAGCUUUUGAAGAAACACCAAUGCUGGUUGCUGUGUUGACGUAUGUAGGUUAUGGUGUCCUCACCCUUUUUGGAUAUCUUCGAGACUUUCUGCGGUACUGGAAAAUUGAGAAAUGUCAUAACGCAACUGAAAGAGAAGAACAAAAGGACUUUGUCCCUCUAUACCAGGAUUUUGAGAACUUCUACACAAGGAACCUCUACAUGCGCAUUAGGGAUAGCUGGAACAGACCACUCUGUAGUGUACCAGGAGCCAAAGUAGACAUUCUGGAGAGGGUCACUCAUGACUACAAUUGGACAUUCACGUACACAGGAAGAGUAAUGAAAGACAUAAUUAAUAUGGGAUCCUACAACUACCUUGGAUUUGCAGAGAACACAGGAGCUUCUAAGGAUGCAGUGUCUGAAGUUCUUUUACAGUGUGGAAGUGGGGUGUGCAGCACCAGGCAAGAGAUGGGAAACUUGGACAAGCAUGAGGAACUGGAAACUUUAUUGGCCAGAUACCUGGGUGUAGAGUCUGCAUUGGCAUAUGGAAUGGGAUUUGCAACGAACUCCAUGAAUAUUCCUGCUUUAGUUGGCAAGGGCUGUCUGAUACUGAGUGAUGAGUUAAAUCAUGCAUCUCUAGUACUAGGAGCAAGACUUUCAGGAGCAACAAUUCGAAUCUUCAAACACAACAAUAUGCAGAGCCUGGAGAAGCUACUCAAAGAUGCCAUUGUAUAUGGACAACCUCGCACACACAGACCCUGGAAAAAAAUUCUCAUAAUUGUUGAAGGCAUAUACAGUAUGGAAGGAUCCAUUGUGCGGCUGCCUGAAGUGAUCGCUCUUAAGAAGAAGUACAAAUCUUACCUGUAUGUGGAUGAAGCACAUAGUAUAGGAGCACUGGGUCCUAAUGGCCGUGGUGUAGUGGAGUAUUUUGGACUUGACCCUGAGGAUGUGGAUGUCAUGAUGGGGACUUUCACCAAAAGUUUUGGAGCUGCUGGAGGAUACAUUGGAGGCAAGAAGGAGUUGAUUGAUUAUCUUCGUGUGCAUUCUCACAGUGCAGUGUACGCCACAUCAUUAUCUCCUCCAAUUGUUCAGCAAAUUGUCACAACUAUGAAGUGCAUUAUGGGUGAAGAUGGCACAACACUUGGUAAGGCGCGCAUACAGCAGUUGGCUGAAAACACAAGGUAUUUCCGAAGGCGGCUUAAGGAAAUGGGCUUUAUUAUCUAUGGAAAUGAAGACUCCCCUGUUGUACCUUUGAUGCUGUAUAUGCCAGCAAAAAUCGGUGCAUUUGGACGAGAGAUGUUGAAACGGCACAUAGGUGUUGUGGUGGUGGGGUUUCCUGCCACACCAAUUAUUGAAUCCAGAGCUCGAAUUUGUUUGUCUGCAUCUCAUACCAAAGAGAUACUAGAUAUUGCUUUAAAGGAAAUAGAUGAUGUUGGAGACCUAUUGCUGUUGAAGUAUUCCCGCCAUAGAUUGGUACCUCUCCUGGAUCGGCCUUUUGAUGAGACUACAUAUGAAGAGACUGAAGACUGAAUUCUGAAUUCUUUCCAUGCCUUUUUGCAGGGAGGGCAUACUCCCCAAGAACUCUGUGUGUUUCAGAGGCCAAGGAUUUUGAACCAGACACUUAACAACUGCUUAGCAUAAAGACAAUGACUUUCUACUCACAAGACUGAAGUGGCCACAGCAGCUCUAAAUUGUGUGUUAUAAAUGGCAAACCAAAAACUGGCUUCUAUUCCUGUUGUUUUAAGGUCUUGCCUUAGGGAGGAGCUUGGCUUACAUUUUUUAAAUAAUGCUUCCUUAUUUAUUUUGUUACAGGGACAUCACAAUGACCAUUACAGCCAGUGGGCAUAUUACCCAUCACAUUGCCAACUGGGCAUUGCUGAAGUGUCUUGUUGCAAUGCUUCUGUCCUAGCAUUUCCUUUUUAGUUAUCAGAAUCUGACCUUGAAAGUGCAAGACAAGCCAGUUUGUUCAGUCAAGGCUUCUGAGGAAUUGUUGACAGCUAGCUUAAAUAUAUUUAACAAGAAAUAAUCGACCAAAGUAUUUUCUCCCUUUUACUUUAUGCAUCUUUAAUCUUUUUAUUAUUAAAAUAGUGGCUUACUUGCCACUUAAGGAGCUUUCAGUUCAUAAAGGCACAAGACAGGAAAUCCUUAGCCAUCUUGGUUUUUUUCACUCUGGGUAUCAGGAGUUGUUUUAUUAGGAUAAGUGGCAAAGAACGUUUCAGUGCAGGGUAGACGGUUGUUUCUUUCUAUUUAUGUAGAAUUACUGCAGUUCUAAGAUGUAGCCACACUUCCAUUUUUCAGAUUGAGUUUUGUUGUAUCAUGAGUGUCUUAUCUCCUGUGGCUUUAGUUCUUGGGCAGGGGAGAGCACAAAAUUAGAAGGAUGGGUCAGAAAGAAGGGAUCACAUGCUAAGGCACUUUUUCGUCCAGUCUUGUAGCAAUGUUCCUGGUGAAGUUAAAAUCUGCCCCCACUCCAGAAAAAAUGGUGCAGUUCUGCUAAACAUAAGGUCUGCCUUUUCAGAGAAAUUUCGUUGUACUUUCACUGCUCCUGCUGUAUUGAUACUAAUUAAGUACAUGUAGCCACAGAGAGUAAAUGGCAUGAGGUAAAUCUCAGAAAGUAGAAACAUAUGGGUAGAUAUGUACCUGGAUCAUUUUGUGAUGUGGCUUUGGUAUCAUUCUGGGAAGCAAAACCAAUCAACAGGACAUUCAUGUAUAGAACAGGGUCUUAAUGAUAGUUGCCAUUUAUUUGGAAUCAGAGCAAAAUUCCUUGAAACCCAUCCCCCAUCCUUCUUCCAUUUUUACAGUUUAAUUCUGUGUAUAUUUGACCUAAAAUGUUUUAAAUUAGGUUUGGAGGCAGAAAGGUGCAUUUUACAUUUCUAAAAAAAUCAAGUAAGAUAUGCUAAUGUAGGAAUUUAAGUGGUAAUUUGAAAUGUUCUACAAUGGCCACAAUGUCUUCCAAAUGACCUCAGUUUAUGUUAUUGUUUUUUUUGUUUUUACUUUGCUUGAAAUCACAUAUGAUUUGUUUA